AUGCCUUUCAAGAUCAAUAGAGCAAAAUGGAUACCGCUAGUGACUGCAUUGGCCAGUACCAUGCCAGCCCAGGUGGUUGCCUCUAUUGAGGACCCUAGUCUACUGGCGACGCCGCCCAUGGGUUUCAACAACUGGGCCCGAUUCAUGUGCGAGCUGAAUGAGACCCUAUUUGUCGACACAGCGGAUGCAAUGGCCUCGAACGGUUUACUGGAAGCGGGCUAUAACCGUAUAAAUCUUGACGACUGCUGGAUGAACUAUGAUCGCGCGGAGAAUGGAUCACUCGAAUGGAAUAUCACCAAGUUCCCACGCGGUCUUCCCUGGCUUGGACAAUACGUUAAAGAUAAAGGCUUCAAUUUCGGCAUCUAUGAGGAUUCAGGGAAUCUGACCUGUGGCGGCUAUCCUGGAUCCGAGGGCUACGAGGAGAUCGACGCAGAGACAUUCGCGGCAUGGGGGAUCGACUAUCUCAAGUUGGAUGGGUGUAAUGUCUAUCCGAAAGAAGGCCGCACUUUGCAGGAGGAAUACAAAUAUCUCUACGGCCAUUGGCACGAGGUACUCGGCAAGAUGCAGCAGCCACUAAUAUUCUCGGAGUCAGCGCCUGCGUACUUCUCUAUGACAGACAAUCUGACUGAUUGGUAUACUGUCAUGGACUGGGUUCCUGGAUACGGAGAGCUUGCCCGACACUCGGUCGAUAUUCUCGUCUACGGUGGAGAUGGCAGUGCCUGGGACAGCAUCAUGACCAACUAUAAGUUCAAUACGCUGGUGGCUCGGUACCAACGUCCUGGAUACUACAAUGACCCUGACUUCCUGAUCGCUGACCAUCCGGGGCUCUCAUUGGAGGAAAAGCGAUCCCAAUUCGCUCUCUGGGCUUCGUUCUCCGCACCCUUGAUUAUUAGUGCCCAUAUUCCCGACCUGUCUGCUGAGGAUUUGGAGUACCUAAAGAAUCAAGCCUUGAUUGAGGUCGAUCAGGAUCCACUAGCUCAACAGGCAACAUUAGCCAGUCGCGAUAGUUCCCUUGAUGUCUUAACGCGGAAUCUUGCCGACGGUUCCAGAUUGGCCACCAUUCUGAACCAUGGUAGUGAUUCCGUCGAAACUGAUAUUACUCUGGACAUACUAGGCCUCUCCUCUGAUUGUACAUAUGAAGCACAGGACCUCUUGGACGGCUCAACCCAAACCAUCAAAGAUGGUAUACAUGUUCAGUUAAACACACAUGCAACGGCCGUGUACAAAAUAGAAAUCGAUGAGAAAUGCAGCCAAGCUAUACCGACCGGAAUAGUUUUCAACACGGCAUCCGGGAAGUGCCUUACGGGCACGUCAUCGGCCGUGCGAUUUGAAUCUUGCAACGGGAGCAAAUCGCAAAUAUGGCAGGUUGACGCAUCGGGGGUGAUUCGUACAUUAUCUGAGCAAUCAAAGUGUCUCACGACAGACGGCAAAACUAUUUCUCUGCAGGAGUGCAAAGAGAGUGACGCUCAGAAAUGGUCUUAUGCGCUCACGGGUAAUCUAAAGAAUACUGAUUCUGGUAGUUGCCUGACGGAGGACGCUGGUGUUUCGGCCUGCGGCUUCGAAGCUAAUAACCAGGUGUUUGGGCUGCCCGCUGGUGUUAAGGUUGCAUGA